AUGAGUUACUACAGCGGCUACUACGGAGGCCAGGGCUAUGGCUAUGGAGGCUUCGGGGGCCUGGGCUAUGGCUAUGGAGGCUAUGGCUGUGGAUGUAACAGCAUCCGCAGACUGGGCUGUGGCUGUGGCUAUGGAGGCUAUGGAUACGGCUCUGGCUAUGGAGGCUACGGAUACGGCUCUGGCUAUGGAGGCUACGGGUAUGGCUGCUGCCGCCCUUCAUGCUAUGGAGGGUAUGGGUUCUCCAGCUUCUACUGA